AUAACCUCUAAAACCAAAACCUAAAUAUCACGAACUACGCGAAUGUUGUGUUUAUUUUUAUUUAAAGAUAUCUAAAAAAACAAACAUGUCUGCGGAAGAUAGUAAUAGCGACAAUCCUAUUGUAAACUUCCUCAAAGCAAAUGUUCCCAAGUCGGACAAAGCUAACAUCGAAGCUGAGCUGAAAAAGGACUUCCUUUUAGCUAAAAAGAAGAGUAAGAAUCCCAAAAAGAAAACUAAAACCAAGAAAAUUCGUACCUUGACGAGAGGUGAAAAAAAAUCAUUAGGUUUCUAUGAUAUACCACGACGUAGCGUUAAAUACGAAGAUGUUCUUCUUAUGCACAAAAUGUGGAGUGAAUAUAUGAGUCAAAUGCUAGAACUGGAUAAGCCAGUGCCUGAUUGUACCAGUAAAGGUUGGGAGCAGUUCACUCAAACCUUGUACCGGUCAGAUUUCCAUGGCAGUUUGCUUCAUGUGGUGCGUUCCAAGUGCCCGAGCUAUGUUGGCAAGAGUGGCAUAUGCAUUAUGGACACGAGGAACACUUUUAAAAUAGUUUCUAAAGAUAAUGUGGUGACGACAGUGCCUAAGUUUUGUUCAGUGUUUGAAAUGCACAUCAAGAAUGUGGCGGUGACUUUGUUCGGGAAGCACUUGUGUGUGCGGCCGGCUGAACGGUCCUCUAAGAAAGUGAAAACUCAGUUACAUCCUGAUCUAAUAUAGAAUUUCAGAAGAUAGUGUUACAAUUGUUAUAAUUGCUAUAGAUUUUUACAAGAAACAGCAUUGUAAAAGCUAGUCCCGUUGUCAGAUAAGUUUUUACUAUUUUUAUGAAAUUAAAAACAUGAUGCAGCAAGAAUUUUAACUGAAAUAUACUAAAAUGUUUGCAGAGAAAUGCUUGCACAAUUUUUUUUUUACUGUUUAUUUCAAAUUAGUAAUAUUACAGUUUCUUAAACCUAGUAGUAAUCUUUAAAAUCUAAGAUUGUAGUAACUAGGUAACAGUAAUUAAUAUUCUUAUAAAUUCAGUUAGCUCCCUCCUUCCUUAGUAGUUCCUGAUACCAAAUGAUUUAAAUAAAACUGAAUUAUUAAUCAUAAUCAUGUAUUCAUUAAAAUAAUCCUAAAGU